UCUUACUCACGGCCGGGGCCCGAGGGACUAUGUAUUAGGCCUCAGGCCAAUUUACAAUUCCUGCGUUGCUACGCGCUAGAUAUCUCUUUCAUGUCAGGUUCAAAGAUCGUGGUUACGGGGGCAUCUGGUGUUCUCGGCACUGCAGUUCAUAAUGCAUUCGAGAAAGCACUGCGAUAUGAGGUCGUGGGCUUGAAGAAUAAAAGCACCGCAAGCCAUCUAGUGCAGCUAGAUUUGACAGAUAAAGAAGCGACCAAACAGAAGUUGGAAGAAAUUAAACCUACUUGGGUGAUACAUUGUGCUGCUGAAAGAAGACCUGAUGUUGCAGAGAAGGAUCAAGCCGGAACCCAACUUCUGAAUGUCGAAGUGCCUGGGUACCUUGCCGAACUCGCAAGGGCCAUUAACUUUAAACUCGUGUAUAUCUCUACUGACUAUGUUUUCGACGGAAGAUCGCCUCCCCCUGGCGGGUACACACCAGAGUCACCCACUAACCCACUUCAGAUCUAUGGUCAGACUAAACGGGAUGGUGAGACUGCUGUGUUGCAAGCUCGGAAACAGGGUGCCAAGGCGGUGGUUUUGAGAGUUCCAGUAUUGUAUGGUCCUGCACCUAACAAUGCAGACUCGGCCGUUAAUAUCCUCAUUGAUGUUGUCCGGGAUCAAUCAAAGGAGUCUAACAUGGAUGACUAUGCGAUCAGGUAUCCUACCAACGUAUUGGACAUUGCAUCCUUUUUGGUCCGUUUGACGGAUCUUAGUUUCGAUACUCUACCGCCAAUUCUUCACUAUUCGGCGAACGAAUCCUUCACAAAGUACCAGAUGUGCAAAAUCUUUGCCGACAUUCUUGGUCUCGGCAUAAAUCAUAUGAAGCCUGUCUCUACACCUCCAACUGGUGCUGGUGCCACAUCACGCCCUUACAAUUGCCACCUAUCUACUGCUGAGACAGAGAAAUUACUUCCCUUAGAAUGUACAGGAUUUAGAACGUGGUGGGAGGAAUAUUUACAAGAUGGCGGCAAGUAAAUUCCUGAAAUUGUACUACUAUCAAUAGAGCCCUACACUUUUCCUUCCACGAAAUCCAGCU